GUGCAGUUUAAUUCAAAAAAUGUUGCUAGACCACAGCAAAUGGAUCGGAAUACUCGGAGUAUUUCCCGUGUACAAACGCAAUUUAUAUUUCUGCAUGUACAUCAUCCUGCGAAUAGCCAUGUGUUUCUGUUGCUUGGUCUCCACUCACGUCUACUUCAAGCGAUACCUGGACAAUUACGAAAUGGAAUUCGGCAAUUUCUUUUUCCUCAAACUCGCCAGCAUCGGUUACGAGCUGAUCAACUACGCGAAUCUGUUGCAAGUGGUGCAUUUUCGCGAACCCGGCCGGGCGCUGUACGAAAAUAUUCAACGGCUGCGAUUCGCGAUUAGGAAAUCGAAUUAUACGAGAGAAAUCGCCGGGUUCUAUUUGUGGAUCGUUGUAUUCAUUAUAUGCGUUUUGCACGGUUCGAUCGGGUUCGUAUACGAGGAGUGGUCGAUCAGUUUUUGGGCUUUCAACGCCGCCUUGACCUAUCUGCAGCUCGUCGGUACGGCGCUGUUGUUGUACGAUUUGGCCGUUAUUUUCACCGAAAAUAACGAUUAUUUAUCGAUUAGAAUACGAAGAUCGUUCGCGAGUUACGUCCGGAAUCGAUUCGAGACGCAAAUCGAAUUGGAUUCGAUCGUAAAGUGUGUUACAAGGAUGGGCGAAUCGACCGGUUUGAUUAGCGAUUUUUUCGGAAUAUCGAUUUUUAAUUUUGUAUUCAUCGCGUUCCUUGAGAAUCUGUUCAAUUUAAAUUGGGCGUUAUCGGCUAUGAUCUCGAAUACUAGAGACAUUAAGGACGUAGCCGAUGUAAUUUUGUUUGCUUUACAAAUACUUAUUAUAAUUGUUUUAAAUGUUUCAUCGCUCAUAAUGGUGUUAUCUUGCGAUAAAAUCGAAGCGAAGAGUAACGAAUUGUUGAAGCACUGUUAUUGCCUUCAACCGGACGUUAAAGAUCCCAUUUUAUUGAAGCAACUCAUCGAUUUAACCGAUUACAUUAAAGAGCUCAAACCGAAGAUGUGGAUAUCCGGCUUCUUCAGGGUCAAUAAGAGGCUCAUACCUCUUAUGAUAUCCACGCUGGCUAGUUAUCUAAUUAUUAUAAUACAAUUUCAUAAGUUGUAGAAGUUUAUUAGAAGAUAGUAGGAUUAGUUACUUUCGAACAAUUUUAUCAAUGCUUAGCGAGUAGCGAAAAAUCGUUUAAAUAAUUUAUUAACUAGAAUAGAAAUCGAUAGAAUUGAAUGGAUAUUUUUGAGACGCGGUAAAGGUUCGAGAAGUUCAUAUAUUGUGAAUCCGAAACAUAUGGUUGCACUAAAAUAAAG